CGGGGGCGGGGCGGUGCUGCACGCCCCGGGGGCGGUGGGGUUCCCGCUGGCGGCUCCGACAGCGGAGCGGUCCCAGCGGGCGGCGGAGGCAGCACCGACCGCCCCCGGCCCGGCCAUGUCGGACCCCGGCGUCCCCGCGGCCGGUGACAAAGCGCCCCGGCUCCAGGACCGCAUCCUGACCGGGGUGCGCUGGGGCCGCCUCCUGGAGCCCCUCGGCUUCAUCAAGGUGCUGGAGUGGCUCUUUGCCAUCUUUGCCUUCGGGGCCUGCGGCUCCUUCAGCGGCGAGACGGGGGCGACGGUGAGAUGCGAUGGUGACACCAAAGAGACGACAGUCAUCUCCGUGCAGUUCGGGUACCCCUUCAGGUUAUACCAGAUCCCGUUUGAGAUGCCGGACUGCGAGGGCGAGGGCGGCACCCGCACCCUGCACCUCGUGGGUGACUUCUCCGCUCCAGCCGAGUUCUUUGUGACCCUGGGGGUCUUCUCCUUCCUCUACACCAUGGCAGCUCUGGUGCUUUACCUGCGCUUUCAUUCCCUCUACGGCGAGAACAAGAAGCUCCCAUUGGCGGAUUUCUGCGUCACCGUCUGCUUCGCCUUCCUGUGGCUGGUGGCGGCGGCGGCGUGGGGCAAGGGGCUGAGCGACGUGAAGGCGGCGACGCAGCCCAGCAGCCUCACCGCGGCCAUGGCCGUGUGCCACGGCACCGACGUGGUGUGCAGCGCCGGCACCACGCCAGCCAUGGGGCUGGCCAACAUCUCCGUGCUCUUCGGCUUCAUCAACUUCCUGCUGUGGGCCGGGAACUGCUGGUUCGUGCUGCGGGAGACGCCGUGGCGGGCACCGGCUGCGCCCCGCGACGCCGCGGCCGAGCAGGGCGCCAUCGACAAGCAAUAGCACCCCGGGGUGCCCCCCGCGCCCCGGGGCCUCGCGCCGGCCGCCAGCCCGGGGACGGGGCGCCGCUGGCUGCUAUGGGGGGGGCUGCGGGUGGCGGGGGGGGGGCACGGGACCGUGCGUCACCCCGCGGCUCUACGGGGGCCUAUAAACGUCCUGGGUACCA